GCUCUUGCCGAAGCUGGAUUUUAUUAUAAAGGUGUGAGUGACCAUGUUCAAUGCUUUCACUGUUAUGUAUGUAUGGACAAUAGCGCACAUAUGGUAUAUAUUCCGUGUGGACAUAUGGUUACUUGUGUAUGGUGUACUCUUCAAUUAUCUAACUGUCCCAUGUGUCGAAAAAGGAUCACACAUACA